AUGGCUUGGAAGCGUUGGAGUUGCUGGGUGCUUCUGCUGCGUCUUCAUAGAACGCCUUCGUGGGGAAGCCAAAAUCAGCAGCGACAGCAGCAGCAGCAGCAGCAACAGCAGCAGCAGCAGCAACAGCAGCAGCAGCAGCAGCAGCAGCAGCAGCAGCUGACAAGAGAAUCCAUUCACAGUUUGCCUGUCUACCCCUUAAAGCCUUGUCUCCUCCGCAGGCCUCCAAUUUGCUACAGCUCUCAACACUCUCUGCAGCAGCAACAGCAGCAGCAGCAGCAGCAGCAACAGCAGCAGCAGCAGUACAGGAGCAAAAACAACAGCAGCAGCAACUGCAACAGCAAGACAAUGAGAAGCCUGCAUCUCCUUCCCUCCAAGCGGCAGAUAGCCCAUCAACAGCAGAAGCAGCACAACAAGCAGCAGCAGCAACUGCAGCAGCAGCAACUGCAGCAGCAGCAACUGCAGCGGCAGCAACUGCAGCAGCAGAGAAAACAGCAGCGAAGGAUUCUCCUUGAGCAAAAACAACAGCAGCAGCAACUGCAGCAGCAAGACACUGAGAAGCCUGCAUCUCCUUCUUCCCUCCAAGCGGCAGACAGUCCAUCAACAGCAGAAGCAGCACAACAAGCAGCAGCAGCAACUGCAGCAGCAGCAACUGCAGCAGCAGUAACUGCAGCAGCAGCAACUGCAGCAGCAGCAGCUGAGUCAGCAGAGAAAACAGCAGCAAAAGAUUCUCCUUGUGCGCAGCAAACCAGCGAAUUAUCUCAUAUCAAUUGCGACACGGCGGCGGGGAGACAGGUGCAGCAGCUGCUGCAGCAGCAACAGCUGCUGCAGCAGCAGCAGCAGAAGCAGCAGCAGCAGCAGCGGCAGCUAGUGCAGCAGCAUAGCUUCAGGUACUCAGCCCUGGUUGCAAAUGCUGCUGCUUCUGGCUGCAUGCGCCACAGCUUGCCGCCCACGACGACGCCGUCAGCAGCAGCAACAACAACAACAGCAGCAGCAGCAGCAGCAGCAACAGCAGCAGCAGCAACACAAGGUGUUGCUGCUGCUGUUGUUUCUGCUCGAUCUCCUCUUAACUCUGAGCAGCCUUCGGCUUGGAGACAGCAGCACAUACGAAGGCCCCCCAGGGAGGCAGCACUGCAGCAGAUGCCGCAGCUGCAGCAGCAAACUGCCUCGCCUGCUGCAGCAGCUGCAGCAACGCAUGCAACAGCAGGUUCAACAGCAGCAACUGCACCACCUGCAGCAACAGCAGCAGCAGCUGCUGCUGCAGCAACGGGCAUGUUACAAGUAAAACCUCAACACCUUCCAAGAACACCAGACAGCAGCAGCAGGAGUUUUCAGCAGCAGCAGCUGCAGCAGCAGCAACUGCAGCAGCAGCAGCAGCAGCAGCAGCAGCAGCAGCAGCAAUGCCGGCUUGUUCUGCCGCCUUCUCUUUCUUUAUCUCCGCACUUCAGGCGGAAUCGCCGCAGCCCGAGCGCCACAGGGGCAAAUGCUGCUGGCAGCAAUCGUAACAGCAGCAGCAACAGCAACAGCAGCAGCAGCAGCAGCAGCAGCAGCAGCGUUGCUCGGGCAACGCAUGCAGCAGCAGGUUCAACAGCAGCAACUGCACCACCUGCAGCAACAGCAGCAGCUGCUGCUGCUGCAGCAACGGGCAUGCUACCAGUAAAGCCUCCACACCUUCCAAGAACACCAGACAGCAGCAGCGGGAGGUUUCAGCAGCAGCAGCAGCAGCAGCAGCAGCAGCUGCAGCAGCAGCAGCAGCAGCAGCAAUGCCGGCUUGUUCUGCCGCCUUCUCUUUCUUUAUCUCCUCACUUCAGGCGGAAUCGCCGCAGCCCGAGCGCGACAGGGGCAAAUGCUGCUGGCAGCAAUCGUAACAGCAGCAGCAACAGCAACUGCAGCAGCAGCAGCAGCAGCAGCAGCAGCAGCAGCGUUGCUCGGGUCAAAGCUGUUGAGAAGAAGCUCGUGCAGCUGCAGCUAGAACAAGCUCAGGCAGCAGCAGAGGGAAGGCCUGUAUCUACUGCAGCAGCAACAGCAGCAGCAGCAGCAGCAGCAGCAAGUGCAGCAGCAACAUGCAGAGACAGCGAACUACACCUGCUGCUGCACCUCGUCCCUGAGACACCACUGGCUGAGGUUUUCUUCUCUGAAUGCAUGCAGGGGCUGCCGCAUGUUCACUCUCUUCUUGAGGACCAGCAGCAACAGCAGCAGCAGCAGCAGCAGCAGCAGCAGCAGCAGCAACAUUAUGAAUUGCUGCACUGUGCUGCUGUCUCUCUACAGGCUUUUGAGGACGAGAAAAACUUUUAUAUUGCUUCUCGCUGGGCUCACGGCGGAGACCUGCUGGAGCUGCUGCAGCUUGCUGCUGCUGCUGCUCCUGCAUCCACCCCCUGUAGACUGCGAUCGCCGUCACCAGCAGCAGCAGCAGCAGCAGCUGCUGCUGCUGCUCUCUCUGCUGCAGGAGGAGCCAUUGCCAGUGCUGUUGCCGGGGCCCUCCCCCUUAAACAGCAGCAACAGCAGCAGCAGCAGCAGCAGCAGCAGCAGCAGCAGCAGCAGCAGCAGCAGCUGGCCGUUAACAAUGCGAAGCAGUCCAGUCCAUUGGCUUCUGCCUCCUGCAGUAACAGCAGCAGCAACAGCAGCAGCAGCAGCAGCAGCAGCAGCAGCAGUGAGGCGAGCUUCGGGGGUGUGUCUGAGGGUGUGGGGCGGCGUCUGCUAUACCAGGCGUUGAUAGGUCUCUGCUCGCUGCACCGCCGCGGCAUUGCUAUGCAGGACUUCAGCUUAGAAAACUGUCUCCUUUUCCUCUCGCCCCCAGCAGCCAACAGCAGCAGCAGCAGCAGCAGCAGCAGCAGCAGCAGCAGCAGCAAGCUGCAGCAGCAGCAAGAGGAUGCAGAGCUGCCAGACGAAAACUGGGAAGUUACCGUCAAGAUAUGCGACCCAGGGCAGGCAGUUUGCUUCCGGGUGAAGCCGUCUCCUAGCUGCUGCUGCGGCGCUGCUGCAGCAGCAGCAUCAGCAUCAGCAACAGCAGCAGCAGCAGCAACACCAGCAGCAGCAGCAGCAGAUAGUUUGCUUCAGUGCUGCUGCCCCGGGGCAGAGGAAGAGCUCACACCCUACACGGGGAGCUUCGGUAAGGCCUUCCGUCCUCCUGAGAGUUUCCCCAUAGACGACAGCAGCAGCAGCAGCAAGAGCAGCAGCAGCAGCAGCAAGAGCAGCAGCAGCAGCAGCAGCAGCAGCAGCGGGCUGCCGUAUAUGGCCUCUCGCGUAGACAGCUGGUGCUUCGGGUGGAGCGCCUUCUACCUGCUGACGGGGCAGCCCCUGUUUAGCCGUGCUGCUCCUCUCUCAGCUCUUGCUGCUGCGUCUCCAACAGCAGCAGCAGCAGCAGCAGCAGCAGCAGCAAAAGGACCUGCAGCAGCAGCAGCAGCAGCAACAGCAGAUCACGAUGAUUCCACGCAAGGCAAGGCGGGCAGUUUGCUGCGCACGUUUGCUGAGGCGAAGCAGUUGUUUUCUGUGUCUUCUGCUGCAGCAGCAGCAGCAGCAGCUGCAGCAGCAGCAGCAGCAGCAGCAACAGGUUCAGGGGCUGAGCCAUGGAGACAUUGUCUGCUGCUGUGGACAGGAAGAGCAGCAGAAGUAUGGGAAGAGUUAGGUGUCUCCGCGCUGUCUCCUUCUUUUCUUGACUUGCUGCAGCAGCUGCUGCAGCCCCACGGCAGAGACAGACUGCCCCUCACAGCAGCACUCAAACACCCCUGGUUCGCCCCGCUGCAGCAGCAGCUCGUCUACGCAGCCCCCCAACGGUGCAAAGCCGCUGCGCCUCACGAAGCAGCAAUUAUCCCCCAGCGGUUUCGAGGAGUGCUGCAGCAGCAGCUGUGCAGACAGGGGAGACCCUCACACACGUUGCUGCUGCAGCAGAGCAUAGCCCGACAGAGACAGCAGCAGCAGCAGCAGAAGCAGCACAUGCAGCAGCAACAAACACAGCUGCAACAAAAACUAGAAAAGGAACAGAUGCUGCCUCCACAGUCUACUAAGCUGCAGAUGCAGCAGCAACACCUGCAGCAAGAGACACAGCAGCAGCGGCAGCAGCAGCAACAGCGACUGCAACAACAACAGCAGCAGCAGCAGCAACAGCAGCAACAGCAACAGCAGCAACAACGUCUGCAGCAGCAGCAUCAGCAACAGCAGCAACAACCGCAGCAGCCCAAAGCGCGUCCGCAUGAGCAGCAGCAGCAGCAGCCCCGGCUGCAGCAGCUGCAGCAGCAGCAGCAAUGGGAAGAGCAGCGCGCGAGGCAGAAGCAAGAAGUGCAGCAGCAGCAAAAAUACCAAGACAAAACAUUGCUGCAGCAAGGGAAGCAGCAGCAGCAGCAGCAGCAGCAGCAGCAACGGCAGCAAACAGAAGCCCCGAAGCCUGUGGCUGGACUCCGUAAGCAGCAGCAACAGCAACACCAGCAGCAGCAGCAGCAGCAGCAGAGACGGCAAGAGAUGCAGCAGCAGCAGCAGCAACAGGAGGCCACGGCAGCAGCAACAGCAACAUCAGCAGCAGCAGCAGCAGCAGCAGCAGAGACGGCAAGAGAUGCAGCAGCAGCAGCAGCAACAGGAGGCCACAUUGAAGGCCGUGUUAAGCCGCAGCAGCAGCACAUGCAGCUGCUGGAGCAGCAGCAGCUGCUGCAGCAGCAGCAGCAGCACCUCGUGAGGCAGCAAAACCUGCAGAGACAGCACAGAGCAUCUUAUAGAGCGACACCCGAAAGCGCCCCGGAGAGACUUCCCUCUCUCAGUCUGUUGCACUGUGGACUGCAGCAGCAGCAGCAGCAGCAGCAUCAGCAGCAGUUGCAGCUGCAGCUGCAGCAGCAGCAGCUGUUGCAGCAACAAAAAGAACGACAGGAGCAGCAACAGCGCCGCUGGAGACAGAUGGAGCAGCUCAGACAAAUAGAGCAGCAAGUAGAGGCCCUGGCCUGUUGGGGCGCAUCAACGAACCAGCAGCACCCGCAGCAGCAGCAGCAUCUCGUGAGGCAGCAAAACCUGCAGAGACAGCACAGAGCGUCGUAUAGAGCGACACCCGAAAGCGCCCCGGAGAGGCUUCCCUCUCUCAGUCUGUUGCACUGUGGACUGCAGCAGCAGCAGCAGCAGCAGCAGCAGCAGCAGUUGCAGCUGCAGUUGCAGCAGCAGCAGCUGCUGCAGCAACAAAAAGAACGACAGGAGCAGCAACAGCGGCGCUGGAGACAGAUGGAGCAGCUCAGACAAAUAGAACAGCAAGUAGAGGCCCUGGCCUGUUGGGGCGCAUCAACGAACCAGCAGCACCCGCAGCAGCAGCAGCAGCAGCAGCAGCAGCAACAGCAGCAGCAGCAGCAGCAGUACCAGCAUGCCAUUCGGCGUCUCCAUGAGCUUAUUGCUCUUAGAGACAAACUUGAAAGACAACUUGAGGAGCAAACAGCCAAAGACAACGCACUGCAGCAGCAGCAGCAGCAGCAGCAGCAGCAGCAACAGCAGCAGCAACAGCAGCAGCAGCAGCAGCAGCAGCAGAAGCAGCAGCGCGAGCAGUUGCUGAAUGCUGCUGACUCACAGUCCUGGGCGGAAGUCUCAAUGAAACCAUUGCAACAGCAACACCCGCAACAGCCGCGGCAGCAGCAGCAGCUGCAGCAGCUGCAGCAGCAGCAGCUGCAGCAGCAGCAACAGCAGCAGCAGCAACAGCAGCAGCAGCAGCAAGCAGCAGCGCGAGCAGUUGCUGAACGCUGCUAA